CCUCACAUACUCACACACUCACUCACUCACACCCUCCUCCCAGCUCACCUCCUCCCACCCCCACCGUGGCUGACACCUGUUGCUCUGGGGCCUGUGUUCCAGCUGCAUCCACCAUGUCCAUCUGCUCCAGUGACAGGAGCUAUGACAGCUGUAUCUGCCUGCCCAGCGCUUACACCAGCUCCUCCUGGGAGGUAGAUGACUGCCCUGAGAGCUGCUGUGAGCCUCCCUGUUGUGCCCCUACCUGCUGCACCCCAGCCCCUUGCCUGACUCUUGUCUACACCCCUGUGAGCCCCUGCUGCCAGGCAGCCUGUGGCUCCAGCCCCUGCCAAUUGGUCUGUACCAGCUCCUUUGAACCCUCUUGCUGCCAACAGUCUAGCUGCCAGCCUGCAUGCUGCACACCUUCCCCCUGCCAGCAGGGCUGCUGUGUGCCUGUCUGCUGUAAGCCUGUCUGCUACAAGCCCAUCAGUUGUGUGCCCAUCUGCUGUGGGGCCACCCUCUGCCCACCUCCUUCCUGCUGCCAGGAGUCUAGCUGCCAGCCGGCAUGCUACACACCUUCCCCCUGCCAGCAGGCCUGCUGCAUGCCCAUCUGCUGCAAGCCCGUCUGCUCUGUGCCUGCGUGCUGUGGGGCUUCUCCCUGCCUAUCCUCUGGGUGCUGCCAGCCCUCUCCCUGCGCCCCCUCCUCCUGCAAACCCUCUUCCUGCAUAUCCCUCAUCUGCCGCCCUGUGUGCAAGCCAUCCUGCUGUGUGCCCACUUCCUCCUACUGUGCCCCCACCUCCUCCUGUGUGUCUCUGCUAUGUUGCCCCACAUGCCCCCGCCCAGCCUGCUGUGGCCCCUUGUCUGGCCAGAAGUCCUGCUGCUGA